AGAACGGAGAAGAGAACAAGAGAUAGUACUUGACACUCCUGUCCUGCUCCUCCCACUCCCACGCUCCCAACCGAGCUCGAGCGCACGCACACGCGCACAAGCAGGAGCUCCUGUCCCGCUAGAUCCCAAACAGUCUCCUGCCCGCGCGCGUUUGGGGUGGCGCGAAGGAAUCACCGGAUGGCGAUGUUCGCGCGGCCGCUGCUGGCCACCCUGCUGCUGCUGCCGGCGUUCCUGCUCUCUGCCGCCUCGGCCGCCGACAGCAAGAGCAACCCUGCUGAUGAGCUCGUGGCACUGAUCAACAGCAACCGCACUGCUGGCAAGGCAUCUUCUGUUUCGGACAACCAAGGUUUGGGAUGCAUCGCUCUGCAGUACAUCAAAGCAUACGAAGGCCAUUGUGACCAGGUGGACGACAAGAAGCCGAUGGAGUCAAGCUUCACCGACACGUUCGCCCCGACCUGUGGCGUCCAGGCCACAACCCUCUCCAAGAUCACCGGAAGGCUGGUGGCUUGCCAGUCCCAGUACUUGGCUCCAGCUGAGGCCUUUGGCGUCUUGUUGGUGAACGACGCGAAGGGCCUCCAGAUACUGCGCAGCAAGAACCACACGGAGGUCGGGGCGGCUGUGAGCGGCACCGAUGGCGGUGGACCGUACUUCUGGUGCGUCCUGUUCAGUGACGGCAAGCCGACUACCAGCUUCAAGGUGGAUGGCGAAGUGCCGAAGGCAGCCAUCCACCCGGGAUGCUUCAGUGGCAACAAUGACGACUGCUCGGGCCCCACAAAUGGCGCCGUUUUGACCAGUGCUGGUGCGCUGAGGCUGGUGACGGCCAUUCUUUUUGCUGUAGCUGCUUUGUGAGCGUGUAAGUAGGUGUAAUGUUUUCUGCCAUUAUUUUGCUUUGUCACCAUCUCCUGUCUGUCUGCAGUGGCACGCUAUAUAUUCUUUGAGCAUAUGAACUAUGUAUGCAAGGAUUUGUAGGUCGUUGUUCAGCAUUUUGAGACUAUCUGUUACCUGUUCGGAAUGUUCAUCAUAGUAGUUUUGUGCGCUC